AUGACUAGUACGGUAACCGGAAGUGCGCCGAAAGUUUGCGAAGACGCUGAAUCAGACGACACCUUGGAAAAGACGGUAGUCAUCCGUGAAGAAGUUAUCAUUGCUGUCCAACUGUGCGAAACGGUCAGUUGUCGAAGAGGAGAGCACUGCGUUUUCAAAGAUGACGUGGCAAUCUGUGAAUGCUUAUCGUCGUGUCCGCAGGACAAUCACCCGGUGUGCGGAUCCAACCGUCAGACGUACGCGUCGCACUGUCACCUGCACAGGGAAGCUUGCCUCGAGAACAAAAGGUUGCGAGUGAUCCAUCGAGGGCCGUGCAGUCGUGCUCGGUCGACCGAACGACAUGUGGACGACGAAGAAGCUUCCAUCGAGUUCAUCGGCACCACCACGCACGAGAGACCUUUCACUCCCGUUCAACCGCGCAGCACCAACGAAUCCGCAGCUGUCGUUGCCACCCAUGCAACCGUGUUGGAAGAACGACCAACGACCCUGGCUGCGGCAGUUCCCAUCAGAAAGAUCGAUGUCGACACCUGUGAUCACAGCAAUUUCGCCCUCCUAAUAAGCAACAUCAUUCUACAUUUUCAGUCGAGUUACGGAGGUAAUAAAGCGUGGACACUGGAGGAAGGUAAUUGGCGCAUUCCGGCCAUACUCGUUGCCUCAACGUGCCUACAAUCAACUUGCUCUGGCACAUGCACAACGUACUAA